UGUUUAUACAAGUGCGUGAGAUCAAUGCGUCAAAUUUCAUUCGCAGUUUGAGCUAUUUGUUCUGGGGAGUUUUUGCCCUCCAAAUAUAUUGAACACAGUUAGUUAUAGUUUUUACUCUCCCUCUCUCAUAGUUCUUAGUUUUUGGCGCAGUUAUUGUGAAAUAUAUUGAACAUGCAGUCAAUGUUCAUUUAUACUCCUCUUAUAGAUUAUAGACAAAUUAAGUCAAUAAAACACGCAAAAUAUGCGUGGUAUUCACUCGUGAAUGCAUUGUACCCUAAGAAAAUGACGUUUUCGUGAUCUGCAUGUCAACAGAACCAUGAAUAGAGUGCCCCUCAAAUAAGAAAAAUGUUAAAUUCUAAAGAAGCAAAAUAAACUAUUGAAGUCGGUUGCUCUUGUAGUCGAGUAACAAUUUUGUCAAGAAAAUUAGACGUUUAUACUUCAAAGUAAAGAACUUGAUACGAGAAGAUUUUUAUGAGAACUAUCGAAAAGCUUUGUGGAUGAAGAAACAUAUUCGCAUAGUAUCAGGAGUUAAUACAAAUACGUUUUAGCCUUUGAUAUGAGCCUUCAGGAGAUUGUAACUAGUAACGAUACUUCAUUUGAUGCUGCUUUGACAAAGAAUGAAGGCAAAGAAUCGGCGAAGUUAAAUCACGAGGAGGAGCUGUAUGACGAUCCAUUUCAUACAAAAUCACUUCCUGAAGGUCUAAACAAACAUGAAGAAUCAGAUUCAAUGCCAGUCUUGAAUCUUCCCCGUAUAUCCAUAACGGCUCAGAGCGUCCCCGAUCUCCACGUUCCUCCCGAACAAGAUGCAAUAAACCCUUCCACAGCGCAAUCGCAACUGAAGUCAAGCUUGUCUUUAACACAAACAAUGUCGCUGAAAGCUUCGAUGAUGAAGAAUGCCAUUGUUAGCGGAUGGAAGCGAAAAGGUCGUCGCAGUAGCGGCAUUGCGGCUUUAGAUCCAGAGCACACAGAGAUCCAAGGAUGUCUGUUUCGGAAAAAGGGUCCAUACUGGAAACUGCGAUGGUGUGCGGUCAGCGCAGACGUUUUUUACAUAUUCCGCGACUCACAAUACUCCCAAGAGGUUUUGCGGUGCAACUUGAGAAAAAGUUAUCUUGUUUCCACUCCUCAGCUAGGAGCUACCCGCGCUCAUAACUUCAAACUUGUGGUUCGUAAUGGCACCGAGCUCAGUCUUGCCGCCGAAAAUCUCGUUGAAUUUGAACGUUGGCUUGCUGUUCUUAAAAAGGAAACUUCAAAAUUUUACGUACCAUUAGCCAACGAUACAGUUGGAGACAGUUCAGCCACUGAAGACACUCCUCCUGAAAAACGAAACAGUAAUUAUUGUGAAACCACAGAUAAAGACUCCUCCGACGAACAUAGCACAACAAGUAGCCUCUCCGGUAUAGUUAAACCACGUGGCAUUCAAGAGAAAGGUCACGUAUAUUUUUUUGUGAAACAGGAAACUUGGGAAUAUUGUUGGAUGGAAGUAAGUUAUGGUAUUUUGAGUAUUUACACGAACGAGUCAAAGACUAAAGCAUUACAACGUGAUCACGUGCCACUCUGUGACAUUAGGCAUGAUACCACUAAUGUAAAACGUCCAAACUCGUUUGUACUCAAGAAGCCUGGUCGUCAUCCAAUAUACUUUGCAGUUGAUAGUGAUCAAGAUUUUUUCAAAUGGAAGAAAUGUUUCGAAUCGUGGGGUAAGAGCUCAAACUACGGUCCAAAAAACGAAUUCAACGAAGGUCUAAAUGGAUACAAAGGAGUGAAAAGGGACGAUGUUGUACAGCCAACUGUGCCUGGCUAUUUACAUAUUCCAGCUUGCGAAACACCUAUUACAAGCGAUAGCGAUGGUGCUUAUGAAGGAAAUAGAGACAAGGGCUCAGAGCUGACUGAAAGAUCAAAAGUAGGCCUGACCAUGGUCGACGGCAUGCCUCAGAGUACACCGAUUCCGAAUCGCCAUGAUCCGUCAAGUGUCGUCACAUCAGAAAACGACGUUGGUGGUUUACAAAAAACCACUACCAAAUGUUCAUUUUUGCAUUAUAAAACAAGCACAGGUCUUUGGGUAAAGUUCUGGUGCGUCCUAGAGUCAGCCACUAUUCAUUGCUUUUAUUCCCAAGAAGAUGUAACGAGCAAUUUCAAAGUGCAAAUCAACGGUUGUGAAGUUCAGAGAACAACAUGUAACACGAAAAAUUAUACUUUUGAUAUUUUCGACCGUCGUAAUGACAAGCACAAUGAAUUUGCUGCCGAAUCCUCGUACGUCAUGUACGGAUGGAUGAGAGUGUUGAAAAUUGCUGCCGGUAGUACAAUCAAAAAGAUUUCUAUGAAGAGUGACGACUCACCUCAAUCUAAAAAACUACAAAAAGGUGAAGAAGUCGGUGGGAAAAAGACUCCGGAUCCUUCGAUUGAAGAUGUUGCCGAAAGUAACGUGAUUAACAGGAAUGUCUCAUCAAGUUCCUCUGCCGUUUCGUAUACGUCAGCCAGUGCACCCACAUCUCCCAGAAGAAAAUCGAAGGUGAUCAGUUUAGAUGAAGUACUACAAUUGCUUCAUGAAAAACAACUGGAGCAACAAUUGAUGACGAAACAAUUGACGAGUAAGGAAAGGGCACGCUUAAAAUGGCAACAUUCUAUGCGGGUAGUACUUAGGAAAACACGAAACAUGCGCGCGCAUAACACAGAAAACUUCAAGUCCUCCAAUAGCAUGCGUUCACAUUCAGGAAGGACAGGUUCUCUCUUAGAGCUGAAUGAAAAGUCAAUGAAGGUGAAAUAUCGGGAAAUAUCAGCAAAAUAUGACAAUAUUUUGGAAGAUGAGCGUUUGAAAAUGCUAAGGAGGGAAACGCUUUUGAAAAAACGACGGAAUUCAUUGAUUUUACGUCAAGAUAUGUUGCAGAAAACAUUGUACAAAGGACAAGAAAAUGGAAGAGGAACGAUAAGGAAACGACAGUCGAAGUCUGAUUUAAAGGAACUUUCGAAAGAGUCAACCGAAGAUACCGCACGGCAGCUAGCCGAUAUCAACACAGAAUUAGACAGCAUCAAAUGGGAGAUGAUCAAGAGUAAGGAAGAGCAAUUAAGAAUCAGUGAGGAUCUUAAUGAACAGAAACGCAAAGAAAUACAGGAGAUGCAGUUAGGUCCAGAGCCGUGUCCACAAAAACCAAGAACUAUUCAACCUGGGAAAAAAUCACUGCAUCGUAGACAAAUCUCUGAUUCAAACAUCGGUAAUACGUAUCGCAAGUUAAGUAUGACUGAACGUCCGUCAAAGAUACCGUUGUCUCAGACACUGUCAACUCCUAUUAGUGGUUUAAGAAGCAAAACUAAGUCACAAAAUUCUUUGGAGUCAUUGCCGAGAACACCUCCUCACGAGGGAACUAAGUUAUCAAAGAAAGCAAAGACGAAGUCAAGAUCCAGUCAAGAGACCCUUUCACUUGCUCUUUCGCAAAUAGAGGACUUCGAGGCGUUUGCGCAAGAUUCAUUCAAAAACGCAGACGUUGGUUGUUGAAGAGAUCUGGUAGCGAGACAUAUUCGUCAGCACAUGGUAUUGUCACGUAUACAGCAAUUUAUCGUUCUGCACAGACAGAGUAUAUCAGAAGUUCAACAGUUGUAGAGUUUCAGCUUCUGUAUGGUGUAGCCUCGACAAUAACUGUUAGCACGUUUUGACUUUACGUAGUAAUGAGUGGUUUAACUGACUCAUCUACUUUAUGUAGCGUUGUAUGGUGUAGCCUCGACAAUAACUGUUAGCACGUUUCGACUUUACGUAGUAACGAGUGGUUUAACUGACUCAUUUACUUUACGUAGUAAUGAGUGGUUUAACUGACUCAUCUACUUCAUGUAGCGUAACAAAAGUACGUACUGCAGAAUUGACAAAUUUACCCCCUAGAAUUCUUAUUUUAAAUAUCAAGGGUGGGAGGGCUCUCUUUAAAGCUCCGACUAACAGAGUGUUAGGUAUAUUAUUUAAUCACUGUAUAAGCGAUGCCUUAUGGUCUGUCUACGUAGAUUGCAUCAUAUGUCUUCAAAGAUUUCACUGUCGGUUUCAAAAAAUAUUGAUGGUGGCUCAGACCAGUGCUGUAGAGCUAAAUUUAUCAGAUGGGGGGGAGGGGGGCUCUCUUGUCAAUAGCACCCUUUUAAAAUUACCCAUUUCAAAGUAGAAGGGGUGCUCCUUCCUCAAGUGCUCCCCCAGUUCUACAGCACGGGCUCAGACUGAAACUUCACCGUCAUAUUGACAAGUGUUAUAAUCACCAACAGUACUAUCCCAACUCUGGCUGACUUCUGCAGGCAGAGAGUUAAAACAGCAAGGUAAUGGGCUUCAGUACAUACUGUUUGAUUGCCACACUGGUGCGGUGAAUUUUGGAGUUGUUCUUCAAAAGCAAUUUUGACAAUAUAAUCACAUAAUGUCAAACCAAUAUAAUCUUUUCUCAUUAGCAUUUACGAUGAUAAAGGUAUAUUUUAUGCACACCACAAUCAACCAUCUAGAUCAUAUAUGUUCCCUAGAAAUCCAAAGCACAUUGAUGAAUACUUUUUAUCAUAGCUGUCUACUGUAAAAAAUGUAAUAUUUUUUUCAUUUCCAAUGAAAUAACCUACACCUACGAAAUUUUAUCGAUAAUAAUAUGUUACUAUUUGCAAUCGGUAGCACUUGCAUAUACAUACAUGUAUGAAUAUAAUAUAUAUAUAACUAUGAAAUGUAUAUUUUCAUUUAUUGAUAUAAAAUAUGUUAAAUGACUUAAGUCUUAAAAGAAAUCAAUUCAAAAAUUUUAUUGGUGUCUUUUUGAUUUAAUAAGUAAACUCUAUUUUUAAUACAACAUUCAGAACAAUAUUUCUUUUACCGUAA